UAAAUAUCCUAAAAUGAGCGUGCUGGAGCAUGCUCUUCUUCAACGCGCUCCCGCCGCUACGCUACCUUGUCGGCCCUAGGUUUAGGGUUAGCGUCUCCAUCUACUCCACCGUUGCCUCCGCUUUCAAAUCGGCGGCGCCUGCGACGAAUAUGGAUCACCAAGCGGCGCCGGUGGAGUGGCCCGCGGACAAGGUGAGGGAGACCUUCUUCCGGUUCUUCGAGAGCAAGGAGCACGUGGAAUGGCGGUCGAGCCCUGUGGUUCCUCUGGAUGACCCUACCCUUCUCUUUGCCAACGCCGGGAUGAACCAAUUCAAACCGAUCUUCCUUGGGACGGUGAACCCCACGACUCCGCUCGGACGGCUCAAGCGGGCGUAUAAUACUCAGAAAUGCAUUCGCGCUGGAGGGAAGCACAACGACCUCGAUGACGUUGGGAAGGAUACCUAUCAUCAUACGUUCUUUGAGAUGCUUGGCAACUGGUCGUUCGGUGAUUACUUCAAGACCGAGGCCAUCUCUUGGGCGUGGGAGCUUCUAACCGAGGUAUAUAAAUUGCCUAAAGAUAGGCUAUAUGCUACUUAUUUUGGCGGUGAUGAGAAGCUGGGACUUCCAGCGGAUUUUGAAGCUAGAGAUACAUGGCUAAAAUUUUUGCCACCUGUUCGGGUGUUGCCUUUUGGAUGUAAGGACAACUUCUGGGAAAUGGGUGAUACUGGUCCUUGUGGCCCUUGCACAGAAAUACAUUUUGAUCGUCUUGGUAAUCGUGAUGCCGCAUCUUUGGUUAACAAUGAUGAUCCUACAUGCAUUGAAAUUUGGAAUCUCGUGUUUAUUCAAUUCAACCGGGAAGCUGAUGGAAGUCUGAGGUCUUUGCCUGCUAAACAUGUUGAUACAGGCUUGGGUUUUGAAAGAUUGACUUCUAUUCUUCAAAACAAAAUGAGCAAUUAUGAUACAGAUGUAUUCAUGCCUAUAUUUGAUGCCAUUCAACAAGUGACAGGGGCUCGUCCUUACUCAGGCAAGAUAGGAUCUGAUGAUAUGGACAAAGUCGACAUGGCUUAUAGAGUGGUUGCUGAUCACAUAAGAACACUUUCUAUUGCUAUUGCCGAUGGUUCCCGUCCUGGAAAUGAGGGACGGGAAUAUGUUCUUAGGCGUAUUCUUCGACGAGCUGUCCGAUAUGGUAGAGAAGUUUUAAAUGCACAAGAAGGAUUCUUUAGUGGUCUUGUAGGUAUUGUUGCUAAAGUGAUGGGCGAUGUAUUCCCAGAGCUGAAGCAAUAUCAGUCUAAGAUACAAGAGAUAAUAGCAGAGGAGGAAGCAAGUUUUGGAAGGACAAUAGUAAAGGGAAUUGAGAAGUUUAAGAAGGCUGCGCAGGAUGUUCAAGGCACUACAAUAAGUGGGCAGGAGGCAUUUAUUUUGUGGGAUACCUAUGGGUUUCCUAUUGAUUUAACUCAGUUAAUGGCUGAAGAAAGGGGACUUACAGUUGAUGUGGAAGGUUUUAACAUUGCUAUGGAAGAAGCCAGACAGAAGGCCAGGAGUGCUCGCAGUAAGGUGGUUGGGGAAUCCAUUGUAAUGGAUGCCGAUGCUACAUCUGAGUUGCAUAAGAAUGGUGUGGCUACAACAAAUGAUAGUUACAAAUUUAUAUGGAACCAGGAGCAUGAAAGUGUGGUUAAAGCUAUAUACACUGGUAGUGAGUUCAUAGAGAUUGCUCCUGAUAGAGCUGACAUUGGCAUCGUGCUGGAAAGUACAAGCUUCUAUGCUGAACAGGGAGGACAGAUAUAUGAUACUGGGUCAAUUGAAGGGUCAUUUGGAUCAUUUAUAGUAAACAAUGUUCAAGUUUAUGGAGGCUUUGUUCUUCAUAUUGGAUCUGUUAAUGGAGGGAAGGGAUUGUAUGUUGGUGAUAAAGUAACAUGCAAGGUUGACUAUGAUAGACGGUCUCUGAUUUCUCCUAACCACACAUGUACUCACAUGCUUAACUUUGCUCUCAGGGAAGUGCUUGGGGACCAUGUUGAUCAAAAAGGUUCAAUUGUUCUUCCUGAGAAGUUGAGAUUUGAUUUCUCUCAUGGAAAACCUGUGCAUCCUGAAGAUUUGAGAAAAAUUGAGUCAAUUGUAAACCAACAGAUCACAGAUGAAUUAGAUGUGUAUGCAAAUGAAGUAACCUUGCCAGCUGCGAAGCGCAUAAAUGGAUUAAGAGCAGUUUUUGGUGAAAUCUAUCCUGAUCCUGUGAGGGUUGUUUCAAUUGGACGUAAGGUGGAAGAUCUUCUACAAGAUCCCGACAAUAAAGAAUGGUUAUCCAUAUCAACAGAAUUAUGUGGAGGAACUCAUAUAUCAAACACACGAGAAGCUAAGGCAUUUGCCCUUUUAUCGGAGGAGGGAAUUGCUAAGGGAGUAAGAAGAAUAACAGCUGUCACAACUGAAUGUGCAUUCAAGGCAUUAGAGUUGGCUUCCUCUAUCUCUGCAGAAAUUAGUGAAGCGUCCAAAUCAGAAGGAAGCUUACUGGAGAAGAAAGUUGCUGCUCUGAAAAGUAAAAUAGAUGCAGCUGCCAUUCCAGCAGCCUUAAAAGCGGAUCUCAGAACCAAGAUUUCCCAAUUGGAGGAUGGCAUUAGAAAGUUGAAAAAGAAGAUUGCUGAAGAAAAUGUUCAGAAAGCAGUUAAAGCAGCAAUUGAUGUUGCAAAAAUCGCUGCUUCUGAAGGAAAAACUUUUUGCAUCACUCGAGUGGAUGUAGGACUGGAUACUGCUGCAGUGCGUGAAGCAGUCUUGAAGGUUUUGGAACAACAGGGGUUACCAAUUAUGGUAUUCAGCACUGAUGAGACAUUGAACAAAGCUGUGGUGUACGCUGGAGUACCAAACACUGGUCCAAAGAAUGGGCAAGUAGUUUUGGAGUGGCUUAAUGAAGUUAUGAAGCCUCUUAAAGGAAAGGGUGGUGGUGGGAAAAACGGCAUUGCCCAGGGCCAAGGGAGUGACGCAUCUUGCCUCAGUGAGGCAAUGGACAUUGCUGCAAAGUUUGCUUCGCUGAAGCUGUAGCGUAUCUGGAUUAGAACAAUGGAAGCUGAUUAAUUUGUAAGAUAUUUGCCUAGUGACCAGUGGUUUCAAAUCAGUACCAGUUCUAGCUUUUGCAGCUGAACAUUCUUAACGGCAAAGCAUGAUAUUUUAUCAGUAUUUAUUGGCGUCUUUUUCUCGUUCCAAAACAUUCUCCUACUGUAUGGGAUAGUUUUUUCUUUCAUUUUAGCAUUAUAAUUUUUUGCUCAUUCUGGUUUUUGUUUGUUGACGAGUCAAGUAAAAUUUACAUUAUAGUGGUGGGUUUUCUCUAUAAUGACAAAGUCACAAGUCGUCUAUUAACCUGCC